GCGAUUGCAUGUAACUUGGGCCUCCAAGGAUAAAAGUCUCGACACGUGUUGAAUGUAAUAUAAUAUCAUGGAAAGAAUUAUGCGAUAUCAGCAGAAACUGCAUAGAACCAUGUUGGCAUGCAAUGCAUUUGAGGGAAGGGGAGAGACACCGAAAGAGUUAGGCAGAGAUACCAAAUCGCUGUGCUGGUAUAAAAGCACGCUUUAAACUGCACAAGGCCUCAAAUAGUUACAACGUGUUGCAUUGAAAAAAAAGGAUAUUACAUUUACAUUUACAUUUACAUUCCAUUUACAUUCCAUUUUACAAUCAUGGAACAAUUCGCACAAGUAGAACGCCAAUUGUUGGACCAAUCCGAACGAUUGAUUUCGCAGGAAGAGUACCUCGCGUGGGAAGAACGGUGCAACGAGUGUAUCGAAUCUUUGGAAGAACACAGCCGCGUGAAACGCCCGCGAUUAUCGAUCGGUGUUCGACAAUCGUUGGUUGCUCGAAUCGCGCGACUCGAAGGAUUGAAACAUUUGGUGCGCAGACGUUUCGCGCGUCAAGGUGCCGGACAUUCGAGUACGGGACUUUUGUGGCGUGAAAUACACACUGCGUUCGAUACUCGCGUAUUAACAGGUGUCAUCCUAAAUUCGAAUUAUAUCGAACCGCGCAACUUCCUCCAGGAUGCAGAGACCAUUGUGCUGGAGCAUGUUCGGGACACCUUGAGGAAACAUCGAAACCUCAAAGUGAACACGGUGUUCAACGGCGAAUUUGUGGCAGGUGACAAGCAUGCUUGUAAAAGCAUCAACACCCAAAACUGUGAACUCUUCCACACAUCCGAUCUGCAGGAGUGGUACCAGCGAUGCGUCGUCGAAUCCACCCUGGCAUCGCUGGAAGAGUUCCAGGAACGCGACAGCGGAUGGGCAUUGGCGAGAAUCAUGAAUCUGACCGUCAAUGUCAAUAAGUAUAAUCCACUCCGCGCGGGGUGUCACUUCAAGUUGCCGCGAGAAAUCAUGCUGAAGAGGGCAACAAUAAGCAUACAAUCCUCGGACAACGCAUGUUUCGCGUGGGCAGUUGUCGCAGCUCUUCAUCCAGCAACAAAAUAUCCUGAACGUCCAGGUUCAUACCCGCAGUAUACGUCGAUCCUAAAUCUCCAGGGCAUUGAGUUCCCAAUGUCUCUGGGGUAUAUUGGGAAGUUUGAACGGCUGAACGACAUCUCCGUCAAUGUCUACAGCUUCGAGGAGAAGAUGAAGAAGGGGCCAACAGUCUUCCCGCUGCACCUCACCAGCCAGAAGAGGGAUAGACAUGUAAACUUGCUUUACACGCCGAAUCAAGAGCACGGCGAUGUAGGGCACUUUGCAUGCAUUAAGGACUUGUCCAGGCUGGUGGGCAUGCAGCUGAGCAGGCACAAAGCCAAGAAAUUCAUCUGCGAUCGAUGCAUGCACUACUUCGGAUCUACCGAGAAGUUGGAGGUGCAUUCGCUGGACUGCGGGCAGAUAAACAACUGCGCCAUUCUGCUGCCCAGCGAAGGCGACAAUCUGCUCAAUUUCAGCAACCACGAUAGGAAGGAGCGGCUCCCUUUCGUGGUAUAUGCAGAUCUGGAGUGCAUCAUCGCAAAAACGUUGGACAACCAAGCGGGUGAUAAUAAAUUACAUACAUAUCAACACCACAAUGUACACAGCAUUGCAUAUUAUAUGCAUUGUUCAUAUGAUACAUCACUGUCGAUGUAUCGAUGUCGCCGCGACACAGAUUGUGUUUCAUGGUUCGUCGACGAACUUAAAAAUUUUGCAAACUUUGCCAAACCUAUUCUUACCAGUAAUGUUCCCAUGCUGGAUUUAACUCCCGAACAGUUGACGACAUUUCGCAAUGCAGCACAUUGUCAUAUUUGCGAAGAACCAUUCAAGGCUAGCGAUGUACGAGUUCGCGAUCAUUGCCAUCUGUCCGGACGGUUCAGAGGCCCAGCACAUUCGGAGUGCAAUUUAAAUUAUAAAAAUGUGUUUUACAUCCCCAUAGUUUUCCAUAAUUUAUCCGGCUAUGAUUCGCAUUUCAUUAUCGAGGAAAUAGCUACCGCUUUCGAAGGUCACAUUGAUGUAUUACCUAUAACUAAAGAAAAAUAUAUUUCUUUCACAAAACAUGUUGAAGAUACGGAUGAAUCAGACUCGCAAAAUUAUAUUAAAUUACGAUUCAUCGAUUCAUACAAAUUUCUAAAUACCAGUCUCGACAAAUUAGCAUCUUUUCUUAACACAGAUCAAUUAAAAAUUUUGCGAUCCCAAUUUGGAACAUUAUCCACUGAAGAUUUCAAUUUAUUGACGCGAAAGGGUGUCUUUCCAUAUGAAUACCUUGAUUGCGCGAACAAGCUGCAGGAUCCAUGCUUACCACCGCGCGAGUCAUUCUACAGUUCGUUAACGGGCGAGACUGUAUCAGAGACCGAUUACGCACACGCCGAGACAGUCUGGCAGCGUUUCGAGAUUAGAACCUUGGGCGAAUACAGCGAUUUGUAUUUGAAAACUGAUGUCUUGUUAUUGGCAGAUAUUUUUGAAAAUUUUCGCGAAAGUUGUAUCAAGAGCUACGGAUUAGAUUCAGCGCAUUACUAUACUCUACCUGGUUUCACAUGGGAUGCAAUGCUAAAACAUACCAAAAUUACAUUCGAAUUGCUCACAGACAUCGAUAUGGUCAUGUUUAUCGAACGCGGUAUACGCGGGGGCUUAAGUCAAUGUUCCGGAAGAUACGCACAUGCCAAUAACAAGUACAUGUCAUCUUACGACGCAUCGGAAGAGUCAUCGUACUUGAUGUACUUUGACGUGAACAAUUUGUAUGGAUGGGCAAUGUGUCAGCCUCUACCAUACGCUAAAUUUCAAUGGGUCGAAGAUGUUGUAAAUUUUGACGUAUCUUCAAUCGGCGUCGAUUCGCCCACGGGAUACAUUCUCGAGGUAGAUCUGGAAUAUCCGCAACGUCUGCACGAUGCUCAUGCAGAUCUGCCGUUCUGUCCGACGCGUGCCAAACCACCUGGCAGCAGGCAGGACAAGUUACUCGCGACGGUAUACGAUAAGCAGCGUUACAUAAUCCAUUAUCGCAACCUGCAGCAGUGCACGCGUCACGGUCUUCGUAUUACAAAGAUACACCGCGUGCUUCAAUUCGCUCAAUCUCCCUGGCUUCGCGAUUACAUCGAACUCAACACACGAUUUAGAACAAGCGCGACAAACGACUUUGAAAAGAAUUUGUACAAAUUGAUGAACAACGCAGUAUUCGGUAAAACUAUGGAAAAUGUACGAAACCAUGUGGAUGUAAAACUUGUGACACAUUGGGAAGGGCGAUAUGGCGCGGAGGCAAUGAUCGCGAAACCGAAUUUCCACAGCAGAAGUGUUUUUUCGGAAAAUUUAGUAGCUGUUGAAUUGCGAAAACUCGAGGUGAAAUUCAACAAACCGAUAUACGUGGGUAUGUGCAUUCUGGACAUAUCAAAACUUUGUUUGUAUGAAUUUCACCACGAGUACAUGUCUCCUAAACACGGGCAAAAUUGUAAAAUUCUAUACACCGACACUGACAGUCUUAUUUAUCACAUUCGGUGCGACGAUAUCUACGAGUCUAUGAAGCACAAUAUCGAUAGAUUCGACACAAGCGAUUAUCCUACCGACAAUCCAUAUAAUAUGCCACGCGUAAAUAAGAAGGUUCCGGGGCUGAUGAAGGAUGAAAAUAACGGUGCGAUAAUGACUGAAUUCAUAGGUCUUAGAGCGAAAAUGUAUGCACUUCGCGUAGACGGCAAAAAAGAUACGAAGAAGGCGAAAGGCGUCAAGACCAACGUCAUAGCCAGAACGAUAACUUUCGUCGACUACGCGCAGUGUUUGCGCAAAGAGAUCGAAAUGGUUCGCAGACAAUCAUGCAUACGGUCUAAAUUGCACAAAGUGUACACCAUUUCGGAAUCCAAAAUCGCUCUAAGUCCGUAUGACGACAAGCGAUAUAUCGUACCCGAUUCGACCGACACUCUGCCCUGGGGACAUUAUAAUAUACCGUUGUAAAAUAGAAAUUAUUAUUAUUGUAUUUAUUAUAAAUAGUGGAAU